GUUGUGCUGUGUUUGGUCGGCUGAGCCUGACCCCAAUAGCAGCACAAAGAGCCAGGCGCAGGCGAACAAUUGUUGAAGCAGAAGACGGAAGUUCCAUUGGCUGUGAGGUUGACUCCGAAGGGGGGAGGAGGAGGAGGAGGGAGCAGGAGGUUCUUGGUCGAGUAAGCCCGGGAAGAAGAAGAAGAAGAAGAUGCCGACCAUCACCAAGAUAUUCACGAUGCAGGAAGCUUCCCAGCACUCCUCCAAGGACGAUUGCUGGAUUGUUGUUGACGGCAAGGUGUACGAUGUGUCCUCAUACUUGGACGAGCAUCCAGGUGGAGACGAUGUAGUCCUUGCUGCAACAGGAAAGGAUGCCACAGAUGAUUUUGAAGAUGCUGGCCACAGUAGAGAAGCAAGGGAGCUCUUAGAGACCUUCUGCAUCGGCGAGCUUGACAACUCUUCCUCCACUGCCAUUCCCGAGCUUGAGAUCUCAUCCAAAACAUCCUCCGAAAACUAUGGUCAGAAGCUCUUGGACUUAAGUAAGCAGUACUGGGCUGUCCCUGUUGCUGUUAUCGGUAUCUCAGUGGUAGUUGGCUUCAUAGUCUUGCGCAAGAAGUGAAGAAAGCGGACUGUGUCUUUCCCGGCUCUACAUUGAAACUGGAAUUGCUUAAAAAAAAUUUCUUCAAGCAAUUUGCCCUUACAGAGAGGCUGUCACAUCCAUCGCCCUUUGAUUCAUUCAGAUUAUGAAUAGGAUUUUUGCUAUGCAAUUGAAUGAUGACAUUGAUUCACAAGUUUCAUUUGUCCGAAUGGCUGCUGAUUUUGAGCUAUUGAGGAUUGUUUUAGCAUUACUGAGAGCAGUAGUUUCUGCGGAAUACACUGGAAAGUUGAUUCUAAUUGAAUUGGAUCGUGAGCCUGAGUAUUAAUUCCA